GCUUCUGCUGUGUCCUUUCGUUUCCAGAAUCACCGCUGCAGAGCGUCUUUUGAGCGAGUCAUGACAGUUCCUUCAUGGGUAACUUGAGUCACAGCGCUGCAGCGAUGCCCAACGUCUGCAGCCAACAUAUUGUCGAUCUUCCCCAAGAAAAGACUCCCCGCCUCGAGGUAGUAGAGAUAGGAGUGUGGCACAGAGGGGAGCCCCAUUGAGACCCCUACGAAUUUCUAUUUUUGCUUACACCGCUCAGUGCCGGAUAGCAAUCCCCGAGUCAUUCGAAAAUCUGGGGUAGCAUUGAUCUACACAUUGCAUAAAACUACCCAACUCAAAAUUACGCGACACGUAUCAGAUGCGUACAUUUAGUCAGCAUGGUUUCGUGAAUAUAAAUCAGGCUCCUAGCCCUCACUAGACUUACCAGCACAGCAAACCAUUCACUGCAACACUCUCGUACAGAAGUCUUCGUAUCUGUCUUGAAUUCUCCCUGACUAUGGCGCCGGCCCAGACCCAAGAUACAUCAGAGAAUACUCAAAAGAGUUCCGAUCUAUUGGAGCAUCCCAAGGGCGAAUCAGUACUCACAGACAAAGACCGAAAGGCACUCGUCUUCACCGACAAGCACAGUUCUCCAGAUGUCUACGUCAACUCCAGCAAAGACACUCUGUGGCAUCCCUGGACAGGAACACUAGAGCUCAAGCCUCUCCGAUUUGAAACGAGAUCUGGUAGUUUCGUCAUUGGGCUGAGAACGCCUGUCGAUUGUUGGCUCGGAAAACAUAGACAUAGAGGUACAGUCACAGCUGUUACACUUUCUGGGAAUUGGAGAUACAAGGAGUAUGACUGGGUCGCUGGACCUGGGGACUACGUUGUUGAGAACCCAGGAACUAUUCACACGCUGUUCAUGGGUGCUGGCGCAGAGGUGGUGUUUACCAUUACAGGAAGCCUCGAGUUCUUCAAUGACGAUGACAGCUUAAGGGAGACAAUGGACAUCUUCAGUUUCGCGGAGCUUUAUUAUGACCAUUGCAAGGAGAAGGGUGUCGAGCCAAAUGAGAAACUAUGGUACUAAGCAACAUCAACCUGAGGUUUGGGUUAAUAGUAUGUUAGUACUUUAGAGUUCAAAUUCUUAGCCUUUCCGAGGGCAGCCUUUGUCACUGAUAGAAGAAAUAUUGUCCAAAGGUCUGACCUGAAUUCCUUGGUAACUUUGUCCAGUGCCCAGUGCCCAGUGAUCCCGAGUCAUGCAUGGCGGCCAACAGCCCGGGUAUGUCUGUGAAUAGCUAACAAUGAGAACUUGGAGCGCGCUAUGUCUAUCUGAAGACCCCUGAGUUGGAUGCAACUACGCCAUGACAAUAUUCUAAAUCUCACUUGGAAAGUCAGAAGUCGAAUAGCUUCUCGGUUAUUCUAGCUAACAGAAGGUCAAUCUAAAACACCUUGAAAAAAAAAGCAUACUCUGGGGACAUUUCUAGAAGGACAAGCAAUUUCUUAGUAUAUCUCACUCGGGUAAUCCAAGUA